CAUUUUCAUCGUGAUGCUGAACUCAUUGGCAGUCCUUGUGAUCAUGAGGUUUCGUACAAAAAAUUGCAUUGAUAUUUUGGUGCUUGGGCUAGCAAUGACUGACCUGACUAAGGGCCUUGUGCCCGUCCCCAUGUCUGUAUGCACUUACUUAACUUCUUGGUUCAUGAAGACUGGAACGAUUCCUUGCGACUUCUUGGCUGGAUCGCUUUCACAACCAACAGUGCGUCAAUGCUUAUUCUAACGAUGAUGGCGAUAGAGCGGUUUGUCGCCAUUGUCAGACCCUUCGCAUACAAAAGUUCCAUAACGAAAAAACGCAUGGAAAUAACAGUUUUCGUUGCCGUAGUAUUUUCAGCAUUUAUUUCACUUCUUCCCGUUCUCGGAUUCGGCCGCAUGAAAGCUUACAACAACGGAGCAUACUGCCACUUCAACUACGCAGAUAAAUCGACAGAAUCGAAAAUCUACUCGAUUUUCAUAUUAUUUUACGGCUUUUUAAUGACAUUUGUAGUCUUGGCUGCAUAUUCAAUAGUGUUUUAUAAAAUAAGAGACCUAAUAAAAAGACAUAAGAGAUUUGCCAUUUCUCGCACCAUUUCAACAUCAAGCGGAAAGAGAAAGAAAAGUGGAGAAAUAAACUUGAAAGUAGAGAAGAUGUUUUCAUAUCUAACACUUGGCUUAAUGCUGUUAUUCUGGUUCAGCUGGUUCCCAUUCCUUGCUGUUUUACUUCUGAAUCUAGUGAAGGCUUUGCCUCUGUCUCACGACAAAGUCGAUCUUUUCGCAAUGCGAGUUGCAGUGGUUAACUCAAUGUUAAACCCCAUAGCAUGUGCCUCCUUCUGCAAACCAUAUCGACGUGGAUUUUUCUAUUAUUAUCGAAAACUGCUCUCUUACGCUGGAUUUGCCAGACCAGACAGUGAUGUAUUUGAUCCAUGGAGACAAAAGUCGCAGAACACGCGUGAUCAAACUCCAAUGGGCUCGUUUGCCGCCCCUGCUGAGACCAAACCAACUCGCGUGGCCCUUGCUUCUGAAUUCCAUUCUCAUUAUGACUCAGGCUUCAUUAGCGACUCUUAUAGUCGAGGUGGACGAAUCCCGUCCGUGUUAGAACCUAUACUCACUCUAGACUGUCUGCCUAUAUUAGAAGAUGAAAGUAUGGAGUCAGGACAGAAAUCUGAGGAUGGAAGGCUAUUGGAAGGUCAGGUAAACGUGCAUCCAGUUCUCGUCCAGCCUGAGAUGAAGUCCCAAGAUGACGAUUUUGCCGAUGCUGGAUGUGCAAUCACAGAAUGGAAACAAAACAGGCAAUGUGGACAGGGGGUGGCUAAUUCUUCUGAAGAAAAGGAGCCCACCAAAACGAUCGAAUUUAAUGCAAAAGAAUUUAAGGAAACAUCUGAAAAUAUUCAGAAAGAAAAGAUAUUAAAAACAAAACGCUACUCAGUGCCGAUUCUCAAUUAUUGUGUGAAUUCGGAGAAGAAACCUAGACCGAAAUCAUUAGAAGGGUUCACAAAAAAAUACGGAAAGUUUCGUCCUUGGUCGUUGGCACUAAACGAAAGCUUUCAAAGAUGUCUUGACGAAAAUGCUUUUGAUAGUGCCGUCAAGCUCACGGGCUUCUCUAUAGCAAAAAUCACUGACGGUAGCCUUCAGCAAGGUGGUAGAACAAUCGAAGACAUACCAAAUUUGAAAGGAGAAUGCAAUAAUACUUGGGACGAUGAAUAUAAAAAGGCCUUUAGGUCUGAUAAAGUUUUUACAACAGAUAAUCUACAGGAAAGAUCUGUGGAACAGCAACAAUUAAGCAAAGCCAAGACUUUUAAUGACUGGAGUGUAACAGGAUCCAAAUAUUUGCUAGAACUGAAAGAAACUGAAAAUUAUCUCCCAAAAGAUGCACUUAUAAAGAGAAGGAUGUUCGCAAAAGCUCGCAGCAAAUCGACACCAACACCAAGCUGGGACAGAAGGGAAAAGGCUAUCGUAUAUUCAAGUCUAAGAGAUGACUUGGACAAAAGCCUCUUGCAGAUGGACCUUUUGGCAAAGGGUUUACUCACGUUUUCUUCGUCAAAAUUAGGCAACACAAUUAACUGAAACUGCAUAAAAUAUUUCAAAAUUUGUCGGUAGGCCGCACUUUGUUUGUUUUCAUCGUUGUAUUUGCAAUAUAUCCAUGGACAGGUUAUGUUCUAAAUUCAAUUAUGUCCCGCAAUAUUUUAGCUUCAAUAAUAAGUUAUUUGUAUUUCAAAGCAUUCGCCAAUCUCUCUUUUGCAAACCUGUCUAGUUUGUCUGAGUUAAAUAAUUUUCACCAACUAUUUCAUACUCGUAGCGACACAAAAGAAAACAUGUUUAAUUUUCUGAAAAAAUAUCGUUGAAAUGAGCAUGAUUUUAUUUUCUUACAAUAACAUGAUAUUUGAUCUCACAGUAACUUUCUAAUCUGGUCAUCAAGCUUGGAGAGAAUCCACAAUUGUUUCCUGUCCCAUUCUUGUCUCAUUUACCCCCCCCCCAUACAUUUUAACCCCUGAUCUGCUUAAAUCCCAAGAAUGUGUUUUAAUUGUAACACAAUUAGCUCGCUUAUUACAUUUUGUACAAAGAUUCUUAACAUGCAUGUUAUAUCGCGGUACAGGUUUCUACAUGGGGUCCCCAUUAUAACCUGUGCACAGGGCAACAAAAUUCCUAAUGCGGCUCGUGAUCUAAGAUUUAAUAUUAUUAAACAAUGAUAUUUUUCUAUGUUUUUGAUGCAAAAUGAUUUCAAAAUGAUUUUCAUUUAGUUUACAAGCAUUGGACUGUUCUCUGUUUCUAUCCACACAUGCAGGAUAAAUAUAGAUAUUUAUUUAAGUGUCAUUCUACAUAAUAAUUGACAGGUCCAUCCUCUCCGACGCAAUUUGACAGGUCCAUCCUCUCCAAAAUCUAUUGGGAAGGUUGCACCUACUAAACUAAAAGGGUUGCCUAGUCUACAGCACUGCGUAGAAGUCCUCUAAAAAUUCAAUCAAUACGUAUGAUACGAUUUUGUACGUAACGUAUCUCAACAGCAUAAAUAUAGAUUCAUGCUUAUCCAGUCUAAGUCAAAACGAGGCCCUGAAAUAAAUACAAAACUUUAGAAAUGUUUUAGAACGGAAUCUAGCAUUUGUAAACAACAGACGCUAGCCCUGCUCCAGUAAACAAUAGAUUAAUGACAGCUCGUAUUUCGCUUAAAGACAAUACUCACCUGACUGUAAUCAGUGUCUAUGCUCCUACAAUGCAGCAAUCAGAAGUAGAGAAAGAGAUGUGCUAUGUGCAGCUCGGUGAUUGUAUCACCAAGGUAAAAGGAGACAGCAUUAUUGUCUUAGGUGAUUUUAACGCCCGAGUUGGAUAGGAUUGGCAGACUUGGACAUCAGUCAUAGGAAAGCAUGAAGUUGGCAAAAUGAAUUCAAAUGCUCUACUUCUGUUAGAAUUUUGUACUUGUUUUUAACUUUGUGUCAUGGGUACCAUGCUCCAUCGUAAAAAUCACCUUAAAACUAACUGGCAACUUGUCCGUUCCAGACAUUGGCAUCAGCUAGACCAUGUAUUAGCUGAUGAAAAAGCCAGAUAAUUCAUUAAUGUUACAAAGAUCAACUCACGUGCUGAUUGCUGCACAGAUCAUAAGCUUUUUUUUUGUAAAUUAUCCAUCGUGAUUAAAAAGAAAAAGAGGACACCAAAACGUUCACCUAAACCAGAUACCAUCAUGAGUGAAGAGAGAAGAGAAAAGCCUGAGAAUUUCCUUGACGAACAACUUCCUGAAUGCAAAGAAUCCUGGGAACAUCUCAGAGAAACCCUUCAACUUGCUGCAAAGCAUAUAUUUGAUAAGAAAAAGAGAAAGAGCAUAGAUUGGUUUACGACCAAGAGGAUGACAUUCGAAAUCUGUAGAAAGAUAAGAAACUAAAUGCUGACAAGCAAGCACUUAGAGAUGAAAUCAGAAAGCUCAAGAAUGAAUAGUUUCAACAAAAAGCAAAAGAAACAGAAAGAUACUCGAAUGAGAGGAAUCACAGAGAGUUCUAUGCAACACUAAAAGCUGUGUAUGGUCCCAAAUCUUAAAACGUCCAUCGAGUAAAAGCAAAAGUUGGUGUUCUUCUUUUGGCUAAACAAGACAUAAAAAACAGAUGGGUUGAGCAUUUUAGUGAGCUUCUUAAUCAACCAACCGAUGUUGAUCCGGACAUACUCGAUGAUAUAGAGCAAAAACCAAUCAUUGAAAAAUUGGAUGAGCCUAUCUCUUUGGAAGAAAUAGAAAAAGUAAUCAAUAACACCAAGCUAAAAAGAGCUCAGGACCUGAUGGUAUUAUACCAGAGGUGCUCCUUUAUUGUAGCAAUGUUUUACGAUCAUUCCUUUUGGCAAUCUUUAAUCGUGUCUGAAUAACAGAAGUUAUGCCAUCCGACUUUACUGAUGCCAACAUUUGCAUCCUUUUUAAGAGAGGAACUAGAAGCCAACGUGGAAACUAUCGAAAUGCCUCAUCGGUACACUGCGGUGCCUUUAGGGAUGUUAAUAAAAUUUACCAUUACACUCUUUUUUUAUAAGAACCAGUAAAAUAAAGUUCAGGCUGGCUAUUCUUAAUUUGUGCGAAAAUCUGAGGAUGGAUUCUUCUGAAUUUUUUCUUAAAUUAUAAGUUGUGUAAUUGCUAGCAAUUGAGCUCUAGGGAAGUGUUAAAGCCUCGUUUGCCAACAAAGUGAGUAAGAUAUCCUUUAUUUUCCGAAAAGUUAGAAAGUUCGUCGAAUAAGGACCCCUAGAUGGCAAAAAAAUCCCGGUUUUUAAAUGAAACAUUUUUCAAAGUUAAAUUUUACAGCAGCUCAGCCUCCGCUUGGUUUUAACUUUGACCAAUUUAGAGGCUUGUGUUCUAAUAAAAUUAUUCUUAUAAAAAAGAGAGUGUAAAGGCAAUAUAAUUAUGUUUGAGAAUAAAAGUCACCAUUUGUUCUAUUUUAUAUGCAGCGGAAUGGUUUCCCCAUAAUGAUUUUUGAUGGCAUCGAGGGAAGCUUUGAUACACUUCGUCUUGAAAAACGUUUGUCUAUAGUGAUUUCACGUAUUGGUGUAACGAAGUCAGUGGGAUGCUAGUGUGCAGAUCAAAAGCGUGUUGUAAAAAGUAAGGGCAUGCUCUUUAACUUCAGGAUGGAGGGUUGCCUCACUCAUUAUAAAACUUUCUCUUGCUCGCCUCCCCAAGGCUAGGCAAACACGUCGGUGAACUAGUGGAUACAAUAAGCAAAGGCCUAAGUGGGUACGAGUUACCUUGAUAAUUAUUUUAGUGUUACGGGAACCGAGGGCCGAUUCCCCACAUUUUCGGCUUUUGCCAGGACAAAAUUUUUCUGCAGGGAAAAUGUGCAGCCACCAGCCCCCCCCCCCCAAUAAAAAGUAUUAGGUGACGCCCCUUAUCUUACUACAAAGACUUUGAGAACAAAGUCUAUCGGAAGCUGUUUACCCUGAAUCACAAUCAGGUUAUAGAGAGGGCAGAAGCACCAUUGACGGGAUAUUUACUCUCUGAAAAAUAAUGGAGAAAUGUAGAGAGCAAAGAAGAAACCUGCACAUCGUGUUUAUUGAUUUCUCUAAGGCUUUUGAUAGUGUAAAUCGUGAUAUGCUCUUCAAGAUUUAGGGAAAACUCGGCUGCUCUGCUAAAUUUAUUGGUAUCAUCCAUAAAUUGCAUCCUGAUACCCAUGCCAGAGCUAUUAUUGAUGGAGAACUUUCUAAUCCAAUAGCAUACAACAGUGGAGUAAAACAGGGUUGCAAGCUCGCACCGACUCUCUUUGCAAUCUACGCUGUAGUAUUAUUGUACCUUGCCUUUAAAAACGUCAACCCAUCAUAUAACAUCGAAACUUGAAAACAAUUUUCUUUACUCAAAGAAAAGUCAGUUCUGAAAUAAGAGAAAUAUGUUCCCAUUUCGAAGUUCCUGUUCCAAGUGGUUGUAUCCACCAACGCAUAUCUUUUUGGAAGAUUUUCGCUACCGAAAACAUUGGCGCAGAUCGCAAACGGCACUUCUAGCAAAACAAUAUUAUCCUUCUACGAAUUGUCAAAAGCAGAAGUAAAAUAAGUUGUUCUUGUAAGACGCCCGCUAUAGCUGCAAGACUCGAAUGAAAGUGAUUAAGUGGAAACCGAAUUGGUUCACGGGUUAAU